GCUCGGGCGCAGGGCGAGAGACACCCGAGCAGCAGCCGCCGCCGCCGCCUGGACAGCGCCUGGGUCGCGCUCUGCACGGGGGCCGUCCAUGAACCGCAGCGCCGGCUCCGGAGGCGAGAUGGAGGUUGAUAGUAAUAAACAGGAAAUAUUCCAGAGGACGAAGAAUGCUGUCUUGGUGAAUGGUGUCGUUCUGAAUGGCCCGAUAACAGAUUCAAAAGCAGGAGAAAAAUUUGUAGAAGAUGCCUGUAAGAUCAUAAUGGAAGAGGUCAUACAGAAAGCUGCUGAUGUAACAGAGAAGGUUUGUGAAUGGCAGCCUCCUGAAAAACUGAAAAAACUUCUCGAUCUGGAAAUGAGGGAGACUGGAGAGCCCCAUCAGAGACUCUUGCAACUUUGCCAGGACAUUAUUCGAUACAGCGUCAAAACUAAUCAUCCAAGAUUUUUCAAUCAGUUGUAUGCUGGUAUUGAUUAUUACUCUUUAGUGGCUCGUUUCAUUACAGAAGCAUUAAACCCAAGUGUAUAUACAUAUGAGGUGUCCCCCGUGUUUUUGUUAGUGGAAGAAGCAGUCCUGAAGAGAAUGAUUGAAUUCAUAGGCUGGAAAGAAGGUGAUGGCAUAUUUAAUCCAGGUGGUUCUGUUUCUAAUAUGUAUGCUAUGAACUUAGCUAGGUAUAAAUAUUGUCCUGACAUAAAGGAAAGGGGGCUUUCAGGGCUGCCAAGACUGGUCCUGUUUACAUCAGAAGAGUGUCAUUACUCCAUGAACAAGGCAGCUUCUUUCCUGGGCAUUGGCACGCAGAAUGUUUACUUCAUCACAACAGAUGAAAGAGGUAAGAUGAUACCUGAGGAACUGGAGAAAGAAGUCCAGCGGGCCAGGAAAGAGGGGGCAGCACCAUUUCUUGUCUGUGCCACAGCUGGUACAACUGUGUUGGGAGCAUUUGAUCCUCUGGAUAAAAUCGCUGAUAUCUGUGAAAGACAUGGUCUUUGGCUGCAUGUGGAUGCAUCUUGGGGUGGCUCAGCUUUGAUGUCAAGGAAGCAUCGUAAGCUUCUGCAUGGCAUUAACAGAGCUGAUUCUGUUGCCUGGAAUCCCCAUAAAAUGCUGAUGGCAGGAAUCCAGUGCUGUGCUCUUCUGGUGAAAGACAACUCUGACCUGCUUAAGAAAUGCUACUCUGCCAAGGCCUCCUACCUUUUCCAGCAGGACAAGUUCUAUGAUGUCAGCUACGACACAGGAGACAAGUCUAUCCAGUGUAGCAGACGACCAGAUGCAUUUAAGUUCUGGAUGACGUGGAAAGCAUUGGGAACUACAGGACUUGAGGAACGAGUAAACAGAGCCCUUGCCUUAGCUAGAUACCUAGUAGAUGAAAUUAAGAAAAGAGAAGGAUUCCAGCUUCUGUUGGAGCCAGAGUAUGCGAACAUUUGCUUUUGGUACAUUCCAUCAAGCUUAAGAAAAAUGAAAGAAGGACCUGAGUUCUGGGAGAAGCUCCAUCAGGUUGCUCCUGUAAUUAAAGAGAGAAUGAUGAAGAAAGGCAGCAUGAUGUUAGGGUACCAACCCCAUCGUGGCAAAGUCAACUUCUUUCGCCAGGUAGUGAUCAGUCCCCAGGUGAGCCGUGAGGACAUGGACUUCCUGCUGGACGAGAUUGACUUGCUUGGCAGAGACUUGUAGCUGUAGUUCAACAGCACCAGGCGCUACUUAUAUGCAUGAUGUUUACAGAUCAAGAAUAGCAGCUGCGUAAAUGGUACCAUCACUACUGUUCUGAGAAUUACCUCCCAUAUGCUAAUAAGGCAGGUAUUUGGCAGGUACCUGUGACAGACGGGGCCAGAUUAGCUGCUGACAUAAAUGGGCAUGACAUCAUUAAUUUCAGUGGAGUCACGCCUGCUUAUGUCAGCCAUGAAUUUAGCUCAGUGAGUAAAAAUCAAAGCACAUCUCUAAUACGUUAAUAUUUUAGCCUGGCAUGCAUUUAAAGAUAAAGGCCCAGUCGGUGAUUGAACUAGUAAGGCCUGAUGCUAGGGGUCCUGUGGCUCUCUUAAUGAAAGCCCCUAAACCAGCAAAUUGCCCAGCACAAAAUGGGCCCAAUCAACAUUUGCCCACUCAUAAACUUACCAGGAUUUUAGCAGAACUGAGAAUGUUGGAAUGGAGAUAGUAUCAUUUUUUAACUUUUUGUCAACAGAAGAUACAAACAGGAGAUGUUAAAGUGUAAACAUUUCUUUAGCACCUUUAGAUGCAUGAUAAAAUUUUAACCAAAAAGUUAGAAGAAUAGAUUUAUCUUAAAGGAGUGUGUUUUUUAUGCAGGGUAGCUAUUCGUUAAGAAUUGAUAUAACAAAGCAUUGUAUUUACCAUGGUUCCUUAUGAUAUUCCUACAGAUUUAAAAAUAGCUAGCUCUCUUGUGAUCAGUGUAUAAUUCUUUUUUGAUGUUAAACUUAAGCUGCUGUAUAAGUUAAAUUUGUCUGUGAUUUUAGUAUAUGAACAUUGUUAAAAAAAUAAGUGAAAUACCAAAAUUAAAUUCUAACCUUUAUAGUUAUUCAGAAUUGCAUUUUAUUUAGACAAAUAAUUUUGUGAGUGGUCUAGUUUAAUUUUUUCUAUCUAUAUAAUGAUUCUUUCAGUCAUAAAAACAGAAAUCAUAAAUGUAUCUUUGGGUGGGAGUUCUAGCAGGAAAUUUAAGGAAAUGGCCACAUUUUUCACUUCUAACUUGUGACACUAACUUACUUGGAUGUUUUGUUCUUUGUUCCAUAAUCUGUCUUUGAGGAAGCAAUGACCAAUAUGAAGUUUUUUGUUGUAAUGUAUCUGUAUUGUUGAAAGCUGUCUUUAAAUGCAGUGCUGGAUGUUUUCAUUUCAUGUAUUGUGGUAGUAUCCAGUAUUGUAGAACAUUCCCAGUUUCAGUCUCCAAGAUACCAGUGUGGAACGUUUGCCAGUAUCAGUCACACUAUCAGAGCAGUAGAUGAGAACAAGAGCUUGAUAGACCUCUGCAGAAUAUACUGGGAGUGGAUACUUUUGAGCCAUGGUACACCAUUGAUAUUAUUGGGGAGUUCUUGAUAAAAGUCAUUGGCAUAACAUAACGCUUUGGUUUUGCCCUGUAAUACUUACCAGUUCACAUCAUCAAACACUACCUAUGAUUAAGGCUCCGUGUUUGUCACGGAGGUCAUGUGACCUCCAUGACUUCUGCAGCAGCUGCUGUGCCUGGCCCAGGGGCUGCCUGACUGC